AAAACAAAUUCAAGAGCUGCUCUUAAGCAUCUAGAAUUUUCUGCAUCCCACCCUUUGAGAGAAGAGACUGGGCCUAUGUCUUACUCAGUCUACUGCAAGAUAGACUCUCCCUCCUCUUAAAAUACCAACAUUAUUUGAGCUUUUGGAUAAAAUUUGAAGAAGAGUCUACAAAUAUUGUGGACUCUGCAAGAAGCAGGGGGUUGGCAACUGCCGUUAAAGACAGAAAGAUGGCAGGCCUGAGGCCCAGCACUCAAGCAGACCCUGAAAUUGAGCUUUUUGUGAAGGCUGGAAGUGAUGGGGAGAGUAUUGGAAACUGUCCCUUUUGCCAGCGCCUUUUCAUGAUCCUCUGGCUUAAAGGAGUUAAAUUCAAUGUGACUACUGUUGACAUGACCAGAAAGCCUGAAGAGCUGAAGGACUUAGCCCCGGGUACCAAUCCUCCCUUCCUGGUAUACAACAAGGAGUUGAAAACAGACUUCAUUAAAAUUGAGGAGUUUCUAGAGCAGACCCUGACUCCUCCAAGGUAUCCUCACCUGAGUCCAAAGUACAAGGAGUCCUUUGAUGUGGGCUGUAACCUCUUUGCCAAGUUUUCUGCAUACAUUAAAAAUACAAAAAAGGAAUCAAAUAAGAAUUUUGAAAAAUCUCUGCUCAGAGAAUUUAAGCGUCUGGAUGAUUACUUAAACACCCCACUUCUGGAUGAAAUUGAUGCAGACAAUGCUGAGGAACUCACAGUUUCCAGAAGAUUGUUCUUGGAUGGGGAUCAGCUGACAUUGGCUGACUGUAGCUUGUUACCAAAACUGAACAUUAUUAAAGUUGCUGCCAAGAAAUACCGUGAGUUUGAUAUUCCAGCAGAAUUCUCGGGAGUCUGGCGCUAUCUCCACAAUGCUUAUGCCCGUGAAGAAUUUACCCACACAUGUCCUGAAGACAAAGAAAUUGAAAAUACUUAUGCAAGUGUGGCUAAACAGAAGAGUUAGGACAGCUCUUACGUGAGAAAAGGCUCUUUGUUAUUAGAUUUCAAUUGUUGCCAUAUUAGAAAGGUUUUU